GUGUCGUCUUGUCAGCGUCAAGCUGCAGGAGUGUCAUGGCGGCGUGUAGGACGCUGUUGAGUGGCGGUGUGUUGACGAUUGGGCUUCAUUAUCAGCAUGUUUGCAGGAGUGUGCUGCUCACACAGAGCAGAGGGAAGAAGCGGUGGAUGAAGGCCUACACGCUGCUCAUGGAGAGGAAGAGGAGGCUGGAAGGAGCUCCAGCUCCAACCCCGCGCUCCCAGCAGCCUAACUGGGACUAUCACGCUGAGGUGGAGGCGUUCAGUGCCCGGCUGAAGGAGCGUUUCUCCACCGACCUGCUGAAGACGGCGUUUGUGAACCCGUGCUACGUUCGCUCUGAGGAGGAGAGACGCCGCUCGUUGGGUCUGGACGCCGAGAGCACGGCGCUAAACCUCAGAGACAACACAGAGCUGCGGGAACAUGGGCGUAGAUUCACGCUGGGUUUCCUCACCGACUGGUGCAGGGGCAGCUUCCCCAGUCUGCCGGAAGACGGUGUAGCAGCCAUCGUCAGUCACCUGACGGGGUCAGAGGUCAUGUGCUGCGUGGCUCGGAACCUGGCGGUGGAGGAGCUGGCGAUGACGGCGGGAUUUCCUUUUCCAGACGACGUCCUUCGCGGGACGUUCUUUGCUGUGAUUGGUGCGCUGGAGCAGAGCAGUGGCUCAGAGAGGGCGGGGCUUUUCAUCAGGGACUUCCUCGUGACGCAGCUGAUAGGAAAAGACCUGUUUGACGUGUGGAAAGUGGUGAACCCGAUGGGGAUAUUGGUGCAGGAGCUGAGCCGCAGAGGAGCGUCUCUCCCCGAGCCACGCCUCCUCCAGUCCUCCGGAGCCAGCACUGUGCUCCCGCUUUACUUCGUCGGCCUUUACUGUGAUAAGAAGCUGCUGGCUCACGGGCCUGGUGAGACGCUCGCGGCAGCGGAGGAGGAGGCAGCCCGCGUGGCUCUGAGGAAACUCUUCGGCUACACGGAAAACCGUCAACCGUUCGACUUCUCCACGAAACAGCAGCAGCCUGAAACACCAGCGGCGCAGCAGGCAGUCAGCAGAGGAUAAAAACACACACGCUGUCAUCUGUCUGUCCAUCUUUCUCCAGGUGGAAAACAUCUGCUGCUUUAGUCUCUUCACUCAAACAUCUCUGUUUGUCUCGAGUAAAUCUGGACAGUCCGCUUUAGGAAGAGGUGGAAAUGCACCUCCAGUCGGCUUCUAAUGAAAUCAGGCCACAAUCGAGUGUAAAUGUUGUGGGAUUUUUUGUUUGUUUGUUUGUUUUUAAAUAAAUUUCUCCUCACGUAUGAA